AUGGUUUCAGUUCUUCAUACACUUUUAAUACAUUUUGAUUGCAUUUUAGUACACAAGUACAUAACUGAUGCAUCAUGAUUUGUUUGUGAAAAUAUUUGUAUGCCGUUUUCAUGCACAAAUUUGUGCAUAUGCACUGUUCGUGAGACCCAAUGAUCUAAAGACAAACAAUUGUUUCUAUUCUUCAGGUAUACCUGGUAUAGGAUUGACAGGAGCAAGCGGAGAACCUGGCAGCAAAGGUGACAAAGGCAACCCCGGUCUUCCUGGCAUUCCCGGGAGUCCAGGUGUUCCUGGAACCAAAGGUGAGAAAGGUCUGCCAGGAUUCCAAGGGAACCAAGGAUGGCCUGGAGAGAGAGGACUUCCAGGAGCAUCCAUGGAGGGACCUAAAGGGGACAGGGGAGCUCAGGGACAGCCGGGAGAAAAAGGUGCGAGUGGUUAUCCAGGCCCACCUGGCACACCAGGCACAGUGCUGGAGCUAAAGGAGAAAAGGGAGAUGUGGGCUUCCCUGGCCCACAAGGCUCUCAAGGGUAUAAGGAGACAAAGGUUUCAACUGGUGCUUCUGGUGAGCCUGGAUUGCCUGGUUAUAAUGGACCAAAGGGUGAGAUGGGACCACAGGGUGUUCCUGGUUUCCCUGGUAUAAAGGGUGAGAGAGGAGUGAAACGGUUCUAAGGGUGAUGGAGG